UUUGUUUUUUAGUAAAUUAUUUUGUAAGAAAAUCGAAGAGUUUGUGGACGGCUCGCAGGGACCACCCUGUUCUAGCCAAGAAAAUGCCAGUACUUUGUUCAGGUAUUGUUUUAUAUAUUUUCAUCAAUAAAUUAGGUAAGUAAGACAAGUCAAAUGUGCCUCUUAUUCUAAAUGUUGUAGAUGUGCUUCUUGCAAGAGAUUGCUGACGGCAAAAAAUCAAUCUAGAAUACCCUGUGUGUUGAACAGGUAAAAAAUAUCUUAUUCAAGUAUGGUCCCUAAACUUACUUGUACAUAGUUCUUAGCUUAUCCGUAUCAAUUUUGGUUAAAUUCUUAGAAUGAAUGUUGACUCAAGGGGAGAAAUUUCUUAUUAUCAUUCACGGUAAGGUUGCUUGUUAUGAGUUUUUCGCUGAUUUUCACUGGGAAAAAAAUUGAAAAGUUCAAACCAUGAAAAUUAUAUUUAUUCAACUAAAUCUAUGGUGUAUCCCAGGGGCGUAUCUACCGUGGGACGGGUGCAGGGGAUGAGCACCCCACCUAGUGGUGUCUAGCAACCCCCUAGAGAAGUCCAGCACCACCCUAAAAAAAUCUGCUUGACCAUACAUUUUCUGCUUUUCGAAUAACUUCUACUGUUAGCGCGUGUCGAUUCUUUAAAACGAUUUAAUUGAUUUGUGAGCUCACGAGAAAAUACUCAGAAUGCUUCAGUUAAAUAUCAUGGUUAUUUUCAAAUAUACUGUACUUUAAGAAGCAAAUUUAUUGUCCUGUGCUACAGCAACUGUCCAGUUACAUAUACAUGAUAAAAAGCCGACAUAAACUUUAUAAAGAAAGAUAAUGUAAAACGUAACAGAACGGCCAUCUCAAAUAAUGGUAAUGUGGGGAUACUGUAGUAGCGUUGCAGACUGCAGAGGAGAGUGGGCAGUAAGGCUUCCUCAUGCACCACCCCAUGGAAAACCUGCACCCCUCCUUGCAGAAGAGGCUAGAUCCGCGCCUGGACUGUAUCCACACUAUAUCCACUAUGGCAUAGUAAGGACGUCAAAAUUCAUCGUGCCUAUUAAUUGUAUUUUUGUACAAACGCCAUUCACAAUUUCCUUUGUGUAGGGAUAUGCAGUGGGAUAUUAAUGAUCAUCUCGUAAAUUUAAAAGAGAAGUUAAAAACAUGGCGGGACGUGUAUUGGAGGUACUGUAUUGUAUGUUUUCUAUUGUUCUAUAUCUGGAGCAAAACUUCAGUCAUUUGGCCUAUGAGAAAAAUGAAGGCAAGAUGGCGGGAAUUGACCUCCAAUAACCAUAUGAAGGUUGUAAACAGUUUUCAUACAAUUCUUCUCAGCUAAUUUCAGGUUUUUCUAACGGACUGUAUCGCUAAUCAAGUUAUGAGUUCAUAAAACAUAGUAUUAUUCUUUUAAUCGAGGUCAAAAUACGAAAUUUUGGCACACUCCUUGCAAGCUUCGUGUUAACCGCGCAGGCAAAAACAAUAAAAAGGGACUGGAACUGACGUCCAAUAGCUCUUCAAUUUCCGCCAUCUUGGCGUCACUUUUUGGACUUGAGUUCUCGCUCCAGAUAUAUGUGGUAUAUUUAUGAUCAAUAAAUCAUGAUCAAGCAAUCGAUCAAUCAAUAAAUCGAUCAAUCAAUUAGUCAAAUAUAUAAUCAAUCGAUCAAUAAUCAACCAAUCGAUCAAUAAAUAAAUAAUCGUCAAAUAAUCAAUCGAUAAAUAAUCAAUCAAUCAUUAAUCAACAAAUUGAUUAAUCAUUAAUCAAUCAAUCGAUAACCAAUCGAUAAUCAUCCAAUAUUUGAAAACGACUGAAUUAAUUUAUUAUCUCUAGUCCGUAUAUUGCCUACUAUCGCCUUUCCCUAUUUAUAAUUUUCCAUGAAUUUUCAUCCAUAUUUUUAGAAGUGGCAAGCGUACUACAGUACUAAAACUCAUCAAUAUGUCCAAAUCUAACACAUUAAGAUAACGUGAUAAUUUUUCUCUGCAGGUUAUGGGGAUCGAGCAAUAUCUUAUACUGUUAUCGAUGUCGAUGUUAUUUUCCAUGUACGGACUUCGGUCAUUGUCAGUAUCACACUUCUGCUCCUGAAUAUAAAGCCAAGUCCGAACAUGAUUCUGUUGGUGUUUAUCCAUGUUGUCAGCAAAAGGCUUUGUUAUACGAUUCAAUCGGUGUUUUUAUGGUUAGAAAAUUUGUUUAAAUUUGUAAGAGGUAGUUGUAUUAAUGAUGAUAGAUAGGGUGUCAGCUAUACAUUAGCAAAUUCUAGUAAUUUCCCAAUUCAGAUCUGCCAAAAAUACAUGACAAUUAUGAAUAUAUUUAAAAAUAUAAGAUUAUUGAACUUGAAAAAGGAUUGUAAACCAGAUCAAGGUUGUGAAGAUGUUGUCGGUCCUAAAAUAUAUUUGCCUGUUUUAGUAAGCAAAACAAUGUCUGUUGACUUGCACUUCAGAGGUCUACAUUUAGCUCAGCCAAUCAGCGCCUUGCCGCUUUUUGUCUCUUCACGUGACAUAUUAUGGUUGACAUGAUUUGACAAUGAGCUGGUUUCUUCCUGUAGUAAGUUAGUAACACUACAGCAAUACUGUAAACAACCCUUGACCUUGAUUUUCUUCCAUAGGGUUGCCGUGUCAAGGAUCAUCUUAUCCAUCCCCCAGGAUCCCCUCAUACCACCGAUGCUCCUGGUGAUAAGAAUGCCCCAGGCAAAGAUCCUCCUGCUUCGCCAAAUGGAAGUCUCUCACCUAGUGUGCCCUCUGAUCAUGCUGUGAAACGUCAAGCCAGUACAAGUGGUGUGGUCAAUGAUCCUUCCGUUGUGAAGGAUUUAUUGGCUCAUCGUGAUAUCAUUUGUUUACCUUUUCACAGAUCGGCAAGUGCUAGGUAAUUAUUGGUUUAAUCUUAGUCGAUCAAUCAACCGUUAAAUAAAUCUAGUGAUCAAUCAGUUCGUUCAUUGAUUAUUAUUAAAACCUUAUAUAAAUACUGAAUCAACCAAUAAUCAACCAUCCAUCAAUAAUAAAUAAUCAAUCAAUAAUCAGCCAAUCAAUCAAUAAUUUAUCAGUCAAAUAAAUAAAUAAAUAAUCAAUCAAAUCAAUAAACAAUAAAUAAUCAGCCAAUCUAUCAAUAAAUAAAUAAUCAGUCAACAAUAAUCGAUUAAUCAGUAAAUAACGAUCAAUAAACAAUCAAUCAAUAGUCGAUCAAUCAAAUAAACAAUCAACCAAUCAAUAAUCAAUCAAUAAAUGAUCAAUCGAUUAAUAAACAAUCAAUAAACAGUCAAUCAAUCAAUAAUCAAUCGAUGAAAUAAAUAGUCAAUCAAUAAUCAACCAAUCGAGAAAUAAUCAAUCAAUGAACAAUCGUAAUCAAUCAAUCAAUCUAAUAAUUGAAAACGACUGAAUGAAUCUAUCAUCUCUUGUCCGUUAGUAGCCUAUUUUACCUUUUCCUAUUUAUGAUUUUCCAUAAAUUUUCUUCCCUAUUUUUAGGACAUCUGAGCUAAAUAUUUUCCACGAAGAUGAAUCAUCAGAUGUCUGGAAAUCACCGAGGGUAGGACUUUUAUCAUCUUACUUUAUAUACUGAAGACGAGCGUUAAAAACAAUCGCUGAUGGAGUUCUUUAUUAUUUUAAUACGUUUUUGUGUUUUCUUUCAGUUCGCUUCCCUGAAGUUUUCAGGAAACGCAGUGGACAAAAGAGCUGUCGUCGACCAUUCAUCUGUAAGUGUUCCUGCUCAUGUAUAUUUCCAAACCUUUGGGGCUUCGCGGCGCAGUCGUCACAGCAAGUGCUUUUCACCUCUGAGAUCGUGGGUUUGAUUCUCGCUACGGACUCAUGUGAAAAGAGUCAGUCAACGCUCUGCCGAAAGUCGUGGGUUUUCUCCGGGUGCUCCGGAUUCCUCCCACAAGGAAAGUUGACAGGGUGGGUUGGGAUAAACACAGUUAAGAAGUAAUAUUACUAUUGUUGUAAAGAUAAAAUAGUCUGGGCUAAGUAUGUAAUCAGGUAAGCGUAAUACUUGAUGUAAAAUGCAUUUGAUCAUAUUUACCUGUAAAUUUGCGCUACAAGCAAUGUUUAUCGUCAUCGCAUGAAGCUCGAGUUGUGUGUACUCUCUGUAGGCAUUACCUCCGAUCAGACGCAGUAAGACAACCAUCUCACAACGAGUGCCUAGCGGCCGUAGAAAGACGGCCAUCUUGAAAAAUCAUGAUUAUUUUGAUACAAGUGAAGACGAAGAGGAUGGAGAUGAAGAGUAUCAUGAUAUCAAAGGUAAAGUCUGUGGCGUGUGGGAAUGGAUCCAGCCAGAUCUGGUAGGGGUUGGGGUGCAGGGUCAGAGGGGAGGAUGAAGAAGGUACCCAUAAGGUUUCCCCUGAUAUACAGUUGACUUCGUUUGAGCAUGCAGAACUUCAAAUUUUGUCCUAUAUUUAUGGAACACAUUAUUCUACUAUAAGACAGCUAUAAUGAAACUAAUUUGUAAAAUAAUUAAGAAUGUAACAUCUAACUCGAUGUCAGACUUGGUAAGCAGACGAGAAUGCAAUUACUCUCUACGAGCCAAAUACCAACUAUCUGCACCCUGCUUCAAUACAAAAACUUUGAAGCUUUCUAUAACGUAUAGAGGUGCAAUCUUGUGGAAUGAUAUAAAUCGAAAACAUUGCGAAAUAAACAUUGAUGAACAUGUCAAUGUUAACGCCUUCGUAAAAAAGGCCAUAAAAACAAUCACCUUCAAAGACUUUGUCUUUUCAUAGACAUAGUAAAUAGAUAGUAAUUAAUUCUAUAUAAUUUAUAACUUUUGUAUAUAUCUCUAAGUGCACGACCCCACAAGCUUAUGCCUUAAACAUCAUCGUGCAUAAAUAAAGUCAUAUUAAGUUCUUUGUAGGUUUGCAUGGCGAUAAAACAUAUAAUAGUUUUUGUUUGUGGAAACACCACGUAAAUUUAUUACUGCAAAUUAAUGUUUUUUGAAGUCAUAUUAUUAUUAUUCAAUGUUCUGGACUAUUGUGUUGAACGUUUAUAACCUGGCUUACACUGUCAAAGUUUCUGUGAUCACAGUAGGAAUUUUGUACCGGUAAAUUCUACGUUUUGAAGGAUUUGUAAGAAAUGUUUGAGGGAACUCACUCAAUAUUAAACACCGAGUCCGUUCCCUCAAACAUUUCUUACAAAUCCUUCAAAACUUAGAAUUUACCACCCGAAUGCAAAAUUCCUACUGUGAUCACAGAAACGUUGCUAGUGUAAACCAAGCCUUAUGGUUUGGUAUAACACACUAGUCCCACUUUGAAAGAUUCAAGUAUGAUUUUCCUUAGUGUGUACUAAUUAUUUUUUCAAGUUCGUCAUUUUCGUCGAGUUAAAAAAAAGGUGAUUGAAGAUCGGCAAAGGUGAGUGUCUAAUAUACUAUAUUGACAGUGGCGAAGCCAGCCCGACAAUUUGGUCAUGCUAUGCAAAUAUUUCCAUAAAAACAAUCAAUUUCUAAAGAAGUGAAUAAUGAUAAUGAUUUAUAAUUUGCGUAGCAUGAUCAAAUUGUCGGGUUGGCUUCGCCACUGUAUAAUUGUCACUGCUAAAAAUCAUGCAGCCUUUAUUUUUAUACCGUCUUGAUAAAAUGUGAACUGUGAGCACUAUUUGCUAUUAUAUUCAAUAUAUGCAAUCGGAUAUGGCUCUCAAUCUGUCUCCAUUCUAGUUCCUCUGGCUUCAAGUGGGAUCCUCAGCGUUCUCCAAGAUGGAAUCAAGACGCCCAACGAGAGGAAGGUACGAUACACAGUUUGUCAUAUGAAUUAUAACAAAUAUAAUAGAAAGUUUACAGUACACACGUAAAAACGCACAAGUUCAAACAAACCUGCAGCAGACUUGUACAUAGCAAUGCUGUUCGAACAACUUGCCAACAAGAUGUGUUCGCAAUGAUUAUUCCCAAUCCCAGCUUGUUGACAAGUUGUUAACGGCUUGCUACAAGCCUGUUGCGAACACAUCUUCAUGACAAGUUGUGAGAUUUUUACGUGUGUGCAAGUUCAUUCCAUCCAACUUCAUUCCAAAUAUGUGAACAGUCCAUGGUUGGAUCCAGGGUGGAAGGGGCGUGUGCUCAUUGAACUUUGGUCGUGGCUCAGGGUGUGACCGUUGACCAAAUGCGUAAUUACUAGAGGGAGCUACAGCAGCAAGGCACUAUACUGUAGUCUCUUGUCUUGCAGUUUACAAUUUCAAAAUCAUGGUAUUAUCCCAUUUUGUCUCUAUUUUAUUUUUGUUUUUGUAAUCGCCUUUCCAAUAAGAAAAUGGAUUUGAUAAGGAUAUUGUCACUGCCCUUGCACCCCGCCAAGGCUAUGAGGGUGCACACCUCCCCUCACCCCCUCAGUAAAUCCAUCCCUGGUACAGUCAUACAUCCCUGAUACAGUCAUAUAUGUUCAGUUCUUUAUUAUUCCAGAUUCCAAGAGAAUGAAUGAAGUGAUAAGCACAAUGGCUAAACUCAGAUCUGCUUCUAACCAAGAGAAGAAAUCGAAAACUAAGGAGGUUUGUCUUCUAAACACUCGAUGCGAACAAACAUACGGUUCCAGGGGUAUUUUUCGGGGGGGGGGGUAUUCCCCCCCCAAAAAAAAAAAAAUUCCCGAAUUCCUCUCCAAAUCUGAAAAAAAAAAUUGGGGGGGGGCAGGGAGGAGCAUUUCCCCAAUGAAUUUUCUUCAUGAAUUAUUUCUACACAAACGCGAAAAAUGUUCUAUUGUAUAGAAUAUUUAACAAAUAUAAAAAAAUUUCCGUGUUGAUAUACAGUUAUAUCAACACGAGUGGAAAUUGGGAAAACGAGAAAUUGUGUGGAAACACGGGCGGAGUGUUUUCACACAAUUUCGAGUUUUCCCAAUUUCCACGAGUGUUGAUAUAACUAUAUAUCAAUACGGAAAAAAUGUUUUAUAUUUGUUUUAUAAUAUAGUACAAAGAAAUAUAAAGAAAGAAAUUUUCCGACGUUUCCGUGUUGACAUUGCGUUAUAUCAACACGGCUCUUAGCCAAUCAGCGUUCAGAAUUUACAAAUGCUAUAUUAUAAAACCCAAUAUCUGAUUUUUAGAAACAAAAUUAUUUUAGUUUCCAGGUGGAAUAUUUCAUAAACUGGAUCAUCAAUUUCGAGUUUCAAUCCAACCUCCUGCUGUGAAACAUCAGAACUCGAGUAAUCAAAUUUUAUCGGGGUAAAUAGUUUUUUACAUUUAUAACUUUUAAAAGGAGCUUAAAUUUAUGCCACAGAGAUAGUCCGCAGUAUUUUGGGUAGUAUAGUCCGCAGUAUGUUACAGGUCUGCAAACGAGUUGUUACAAAUCUGUUCACAAGCUGUCAAUAAAUUGUGUUGGAACAAGCUGUGAACAACUUGUAACAAGCUUGAUGGCAUUAUCAGACUUGUUACAAGGUUUGUUCCAACAAGACUGAUACAGGCGAUACAGUCAUCAUGUAACAAGAUUGUUACAAGAUGGAUGAUACAAGGUUGUAACAAUAUUUUCAUAUCUUGACUGUAUCAGACUUGUUAGAACAAGUUGUUCAACCUUAUCAAGUUGUUCCAUACUUGUUGACAACUUGGAACGAGCAACGCGAACACAACUUGUUGACUUUCUACUAGAGGUGUGCAUCGGAUCGGAUUGGACGUUUAUAAAACGACAAUUGGCUAAUGUUUAAAAUCCGAUCCGAAAUUGUCUAAUCCGAAUCCGAUCCGAGGUUUGAUAAAGAAUUCCGAUCCGAAGAAUCCUUUAAUAAAAUAAAUUUCUCAUUCAGGUUGAAAUAUUUAACGAAAUACAUAUAAAAGCAAGAAAUACAUGUCAAGAAGCUGACAAAGUGAUGUUCAAUUGAAGUAUCAAACGAAUAAUGCAGCGACAACCGCGAUAAUGCUUUGAUAAAUGCAUGGAUAAUUAAUUCUUGCGAUAAUACGUGGAUAGUUAAUUCAUUUUAAUUCGAAUAUCGAAGUCCGAUCCGACUACGAAACAACUUUAUCAAUCCGAUCCGAUCCGAAAUGUAUAUUUUUGUUCCGAAAUCCGAACGAAUCCGAUCGGAUUCGGAUCGGUUUUGCACACCUCUACUCGCUAUACAAGAUGUGAGAUUUUUGCGUGUGGUAGUGACAGCCACUUACACGCGUAAAAACGCACAAGUUUGUUCACAAGCUGUUAACAAGAUGUAUUCGCACUGCUUGUCACAAGUUGUCAACAGGUUUGGAACAACUUGUAACAACCUUGUCGAAAUUAUCAGACUUGUUGCAAGGUUGUUCUGACAAGUCUGCGACAUGCUUGAUAUAACAAGAUUGUUACAACCUUGUGUUGACAACCUUGUAACAUCCUUGUUAUAUCGUGGCUGUAACAAACUUGUUAGCACAAUCUUGUAACAAGGCUGAUACUAGUAAUGCCAUCAAUCUUAAUGUUACAAGUUGUUAACAGCUUGUUUCAAACUUGUUACAACAAACUGGGAACAAGCAGUGCGAACACAACUUGUUGACAGCUUGUGAACAGACGUGUAACAACUUGUUUGCAGACUUGUUACAACUUGUGCGUUUUUACGUGUGUACUGCAAAGGUUGGUAAUUUAAAUAACGUUUUGUCUGUCAUAUUUUAUAGCUCCCGUACAAAGAAAGCCACUGCCAACAAGAAUUAACAUUAAAAUGGACAGACGAAUUUUAUUGAAAAUGGUGGCAGACAAGUGAUAGAGUUAAUAUAUAAUGUGUUAAUAUAUAUAAUGUACAGAAGAUGUGUUCAUAUUUAUUAGGGGCUGUUC